AAUUCUCUUUUCAAGGAUCUGUUUCGUCACACCACCAGCACCGUCCAUGGCAUCAUGCACUGCACCACCUUUAGUCACCACAAUCUUUUGCCUAGACCUGACAAAUUAAACUCCCCAUUCUCCUCCACGUUUUUGAAAUACCUCCGCAUGCCAUCUCUUGCAAUGGAAAGCGCCCAUUGCUUGUUCUUGUGAUCUUCCUCUAGCAUACCCUAUCGUCCCAGGGCAUAAGACACCCUGUUCUUCUUCCUCCAGCUCCCUUUUGGUUGCUCUUUGUAGGGUUCUUGCUUGAAGGAAAGCCGUACUCGGUGACCUAUUAAUGCCUCCCUCUCCUGUCUCUGUCGUCCUCUUGUUCCUGUGAUUCAUCGGUAGGCUUGCUCUCUGACCCUUCUUGCUGCGUUCUUUGGCCCUUCUCCAUGCAAACGCUCCAGAAAGAACAUAUGCCUCCUGUGAUUCGGGCUCGAUCCUGAAGUCAUUUUUUAUUGGGAGCACAUGUUUUUUCGUUGUGUGGAAACAAAAUAUUUUCUUUUGGUUUCAGUUAGUUUGAUGAGUUCUUGACUGCGAAGGCAUGCUCUGUUCUGUUUCGUUUUUGGAGGCCAUCGAUUCGAGCUGAUUUCUUGCCCGCUCCUCACUUCGAUUCUUGCCCUGAAGCGAAAUCGACCUCCAUAUGAUUUCUGUUUGAUCGGUCGAUUCCUUGUUCAGAAGAGAUUCUGAUUAGCGAAAUUCUCGUACUUGCCGACCUACUCCGAUCAUUUCUUGAUCCAAGAACUGCAUACAUGGCGGCGCCGGUGCUCGCCGCCGCCGGGCGCGCCCUUGCGGUGGUGCUGGUGGCGCUGUCGUGCAUGGCGCGGCGGUCGUCGGCGGUCGGCGUGAACUGGGGCACGCAGCUGAGCCACCCGCUGCCGGCGAGCACGGUGGUGCGGCUGCUGCAGGACAACGGGUUCGACAAGGUGAAGCUGUUCGACGCCGAGGACAGCAUCCUGGGCGCGCUCAAGGGGUCGGGGAUCCAGGUCAUGGUCGGCAUCCCCAACGACAUGCUCGCCGACCUCGCCGGCAGUGGUAAGGCUGCCGAGAACUGGGUCGCCAAGAACGUCUCCGGCCACGUCCACGACGGCGUCGACAUAAGGUACGUGGCCGUGGGGAAUGAGCCGUUCCUGGAGACGUUCAACGGGACGUACCUCAACACGACGUUCCCGGCGAUGCAGAACAUCCACGCGGCGCUGGUGAAGGCCGGGCUGGGAGACAAGGUGAAGGUGACGGUGCCGCUGAACGCCGACGUGUACCAGUCGCCGACGGGGAAGCCGUCGGACGGCGACUUCCGCGGCGACAUCCACGGGCUGAUGCUGACGAUCGUGCAGUUCCUGGCGUCCACGGGCGCGCCGUUCGUCGCCAACGUGUACCCGUUCAUCAGCCUGUACGCGGACCCCAACUUCCCACUCGACUACGCCUUCUUCCAGGGCUCCUCGUCCCCGGUGGUCGACGGCGGCGUCACCUACCAGAACACCUUCGACGCCAACCACGACACGCUCGUCGCCGCGCUGCGCCGGAACGGGUUCGGGAACGUGUCCAUCGUCGUCGGCGAGGUGGGCUGGCCGACCGACGGCGACGCCAACGCGAACCCGGACUACGCGCGGCGGUUCAACCAGGGGUUCCUCACCCACAUCGCCUCCGGCCAGGGCACGCCGCUGAGGCCGGGCCCCGUCGACGCCUACCUCUUCAGCCUCAUCGACGAGGACCAGAAGAGCAUCCAGCCGGGCAACUUCGAGCGCCACUGGGGCGUCUUCUACUACGACGGCGCGCCCAAGUACCCGCUCAACCUCGCCGGCCGCAACGGCACGACGCUGAAGCCGGCGAGGGGCGUCAAGUACCUGGACAGGAAGUGGUGUGUGCUCAAGCCAUCGGCCAACCUCGCCGACCCGAAGAUCGCCGACAGCGUCAGCUACGCGUGCGGCCUCGCCGACUGCACCAGCCUCGGGUACAAGACCUCCUGCGGCGGCCUCGACGCCAAGGGCAACGUCUCCUACGCCUACAACAGCUACUACCAGAUCAUGGAUCAGGACGAUCGCGCCUGCAACUUCAACGGCCUCGCCGCCACCACCACCGUCGACCCGUCCGCCGGAACGUGCCGCUUUAUCAUCGAGAUCGCCGUCGGUGCAGCGGCGCGCUCCGCCAGGGGCGUCGCCGGCGGGGUGGCCGCCGUGCUGGCCGCGUUCCUGCUGUCCAUGUUUUGAACUGAAGCUCUCCCAUCGAUCGUCCGCGUCUGUCUUUAGCUUCGAGAGGACUCUUGACAAGUACUUCGUUGUUCAUCUUAUUUGUCAUUGUUGUUUUUGGAUUAAUCUUUCUUUGAUUUGAGAAUG